GUUUAUUUACAAAUACAAACACUUACAAAUUUAAUAGGAACUAAAACUACAAGACAAUACACACUCCUCCAUUGGCCACUGUUUACAUUCACGUGUCCUUUGAAACCAGUCGCGUCGCUCAUCAUGUUCGCUCGAUCCGCUCUUCGCCUAGCGACUAUCUCUGCACGCGCAACACCUCUGCGCAAUGUUAAUCAGUGCAUGUCCACUGUCCGUGCGAGUCAACAGAACACAUUCGCCCGCGGGUCUCUGAUUGCGCUGACCACCGCUGUCGCGUUCGGUGCGGCUUCAGUGUCUCUGAUCAAGCCAGCACACGCCGAGGCGUCUCUUGCGGGCGAGGAGGGGGGUGUCACUGAACGCACCUUCAUGGCCAUCAAGUACGAUGCCGUGCAGCGUGGCCUGAUCUCCGAGAUCAUGGGCCGGAUGGAGAAGAAGGGAUACAAACUAGUUGCUCUCAAGAUGGUUUGGCCUACGGAAGAGUUUGCGGGAAAGCACUAUCACGACCUGAAGGAGCGCCCCUUUUUCGGAAACCUGGUGAAGUUCAUGUCAAGUGGACCUGCUGUUGCUAUGGUGUGGGAAGGUCCAGGCGUCAUCAAAAUGGCUCGCACCAUCAUCGGUGCCACGGACCCGCUCAAGUCAAACCCAGGAACCAUUCGCGGCGAUCUAGCGACAUCAGUCGGCCGUAAUGUGAUCCACGGAAGUGAUGCCUACUCUACUGCUGAGGAAGAGAUCGCGCUUUGGUUUUCUCCCUCUGAGAUCCACGCCUGGAACCGAACGAAUGAGGAUUGGAUUUCGUCUAACAACUAAAUUGUUGACAAAGAUCAUUCCAAAUUCGAAUCUCGAUGGUGGGAUAAAUUGCCAAUAAUCCUGAAAAGUGUUUUUCGUGCAAGUUAAAUAAAUUGGAUAGCUUAACAAUCGUAAUUUUAAAAUGUCUCCGUG